UCAGAGCUUCUGUGGCGUGCACUGUGGCGAAUGUUUCCAGGCUCGAGAAUUCAGCGCGUAAAAAAGUGCCAAGUGGUCUGUCAGGCUCAUGGUGGCUCCGCAGAUAUUGUCCCCCUUUGCUUCUGGUCGAAUUAUGCACUUGUCCUCCGUUGGCGGCCUUCCCUGCCCAGUCCCGAGUCGCGAUAAGACGUCAGUCCUUCCGAUUGGCAUAGACAGAGAGGGUUUCAUUCUUUCGACAUUGUUGCCCUCGAGCUAAUCUGCUGAAGGCCGAUUGGGGUUGCUGCUGUCUUCAGUGUCGAGUUUCUCAGGAGGGCUGGCUGCGCAAUUUUCGCAGGGAGCAUGAUGGCCAUGGCCGCCUCGUCGACCUUGGCAUCCGCCCUCGGUGGACGAAGCUGUUUGGCUUGGAAGGAUCCAUGCGCGGCUCGAGCCGGAGCCCCUGCUGCUCGCAAUUUGAGUGUGGGACUCCGUGACAUGACGAUGCUCACGAGAGUUCGGUUCUCUUCGGCCUCGCCUCAGCUCCGCGUACCAUCUGCCAGCCCUCGAAUUCUUUGCCAGGCCUCGGAAAAAGACACCGUGUCCAAAGCUAGGAAGAAUCAAAUGGAAGCCACCGAAUUGUUAGCAGAGUUGUUGAAGACUGAUGAUGUGAAGGCCAUUGCCGAGAAGCACGUGGAGUCACUGUCACAGGAUUUCUUCAUCAUAGCUUCGACCUACCUGGACCUGGCCAAGAAGGAAGGUAAUCUGGAAGUUGUGAGCAAGCUUGAGACCACUUUGCAAACAGCCCUCUCGGUGAAAGAGGCAACUUUGCGGCCGGAAAUCCGACUUCUGAAUCAGCUUUUGCGAGAAACAGCGGAGAAAGAUCGUGCAAACACGAUCCAGGCGAAUCUCCAAUGUCUUGCACCCGAUAGCUACUUCUACCAGCUGGUCACACGAAUGAUCAGUGAUGUCGAGUCUCAGAAGAGCAAUCCUAACCGUUUGAGGCUCUUAACGCAGCUUCGCAUGAUCAACAAAGAAACACGCGAAGUUGCCAAGGCCAUGAGGAAGAAAGGAGUAUGAGAGGAGGAGGAGUGGCAUCAACCCGAGCAGCCAUAGAAAUCAUUUCGGUCACAGAGCAGGACUCUUUCAUAACAGACGAUAUAGUGGUUCCUGAACAGUCAAUGCCGAAGGAUCUUCUGAAAUGAGCACUGCGUUAGACUCUUCCACCUAUGUGCUAGCUUGUUUUUCCCACACAAUCUCAAGGCUUGGACAUGUUCGACAUUCGUCGAGGAGAUGUCGUUCAAUUUUGCUGACAAUCGACUCGAGAACUUUUUCCCUCGGGAACCCAAGUCCAUCCGGAAUUGGAGAUUAUACGGAUAUUCUGCUGUUGCCCAAAUUGGGACCUACUCUGUUUGUUUGACAUAGCAAGGAUGCAGGCUGUAAUAACGAUUUCACGGACACCGGUUGUUUCAGCCGAGUUCGUGAGGAAGAUAUUGGAAUUUAGUUGGUCUUUUGUAGGUGAAGGAGGCUUCAGUUUCAUGUUAGUCAGAAGUGCAAGCAUCGUCCUGUAUGCACACAGGCUGCUAUUUACAUUGUUUGAUGUGAAGG